AUGCGGGAAAUCAUACACGUUCAACUCGGUCAAUGUGGCAAUCAAAUGGGAGCCAAGUUUUGGGAAGUUGUAUCAGACGAGCAUGGACUGAAUUCCGAUGGCCUUUACCGAGGAGAUAGUGACCUACAGCUUGAGCGCAUAGAUGUCUACUAUAAUGAAGCAACUGGAGGUAGAUUUGUACCUAGAGCCGUUCUGUGUGACCUAGAACCUGGCACUAUGGAGGCUAUUCGUUCUGGACCUGUUGGAAGCCUAUUUCGCCCUGAUAACUACGUCUUCGGAACAACUGGUGCUGGAAAUAACUGGGCUAAAGGUCAUUAUACGGACGGUGCUGAAUUAAUUGAAAGCUUGCUGGAUGUCGUUAGAAAGGAAGUGGAAUGCAGUGAAUGUCUUCAAGGAUUUCAAAUUGUUCAUGCUCUUGGAGGUGGUACUGGCGCUGGUCUUGGUACUCUCCUUAUCGGGAAGAUCCGAGAAGAAUUUCCUGAUCGUAUUAUUUGCUCUUUCUCUGGCAUCCCUUCACCAAAAGUUUCUGAUGUAGUUGUUGAGCCCUAUAACGCAACUCUCUCUUUCCAUCAUUUAAUUGAGAACACUGACGAAACUUUCUGUAUUGAUAAUGAGGCUCUUUACAACAUUUGCAAUAGGACUUUGAAAUUAUCAACCCCUACUUAUGGUGAUUUGAAUCAUCUCGUCAGCGCUACAAUGUCUGGUGUCACAACAUGCCUACGUUUUCCAGGUCAAUUAAAUGCUGACUUAAGAAAGUUAGCUACCAACAUGGUCCCAUUCCCGCGAUUACAUUUCUUUAUGCCAGGAUUUGCACCACUGACUAGCCGUCAUUCCCAACCAUAUAGAAGCUAUUCUGUUCAUGAUCUCACUGCUCAAAUGUUUGACAGCCAAAAUAUGAUGGCAGCUUGUGAUCCCAGACAUGGAAAGUAUCUAACAGUUGCGGGAAUGUUCCGUGGACAUAUUUCUAUGAAGGAAAUUGAUGAAAAUAUGUUGAGCGUGCAGAAUAAGAACUCUGCUUACUUUGUCGAGUGGAUCCCGAAUAAUGUUAAAACUGCUGUAUGUGAUAUCCCUCCAAGGGGUCUGAGAAUGUCUGUGACAUUCAUAGGCAACAACACAGCUAUUCAGGAAAUAUUCAAGAGAAUAGUUGACCAAUUUACAGCCAUGUACAAGCGACGAGCAUUCUUACAUUGGUAUACAGGAGAAGGCAUGGAAGAAUCAGAAUUCGAAGAAGCUAAGACUAAUAUUGAUGACUUAAAUAGUGAGUAUCAGCAAUUCCAAGAAGCCACUAUGGACGACGAGGUCCAAAUAGAGUCAACUGAUGAAAAAGAAAACUAA